CUCCAAGCCCGCUGACAAGAAUGGGCCGCCCAUGCAGGGUUGCAUAUCCUGCUUUCAGCCCCGAGAUACGCCUGUACAAUAGCGCGGAUCCUUCAGACCCCAGCAAGGUGGACUAAGCAAAACAAAGUAUAAGCAUACAAAGUAGAAAUCUACAGUGACGACAAUGGACGAUACGGGUCCGGACGAGCACAAAUCCCCCCGAAAGAGACAAUACGGCCGAUAAAGUCCGUGAAAUUGCCGACGCUCAUCGGCCUUCAGAGGUUGAGACCGGCGCUAGGGCAGCAUGUAUUUACACACACCCCAACUUGAGGCGGUAGUAACAUGCCCACAGGCCAUUAAUUACGAGUAACUUACCGUUUUGGGUGGCGGCUGCGAAAACAGUUUUAUCAAUCUAGGGCACUUCGGCUAGCCAACCUGGCACUCUCGGGAGCCCAUCUGCGGCUGUUCAACUUCCAAAACAAUGCCAUAGAGAGCCAACUUGUCAACAGACUCGCCGAGGCAGUCUUUUGAUUGGCCAUCCCGUUCAACAAGUCUGCAUCCUCCAGGCCCUGGCACUUUUCUGGCCCCCAUCAACCGCCUCGCUGGCGCUCUGUGUGUCUCGACACUAGGACUCACCUGGAUGAACAACCUCUCGGCCCCCCAAAGGUCCAGCCUCACCUGCACUCCCCCACCCCCUUGGGCUUAGCGGAUUUUCCAGCAUUCACCAGCGUUCGUAUGGAUACACAUCGGCUAGCAGGUGCUCAUUGAUUUAGCGGCCUGUCACCCUCCCCUCGUUCUCUAGCGUCCGCCUCUCCGCGGCGGCCUCGAAUCGGCGAAUGCGUGGCAGCUCCACGGACCUGUGUAUGGCUAUGUCUUUGCAAGUAUGAGGUUACUACCGACCAUCAGACGUUGUAUACCCUGCAUGACGAUGAUGAUGAGCACGACCAUUCAUACCUCCAGCUUCAGCUACCGUUUACCCCUCGCUUAUUUUCUUGCUCCCCAGCUCUUAUCACUAGGACUUCCGUGAUUCGACAUUGACAAAUGCAACAAGCAUGAUGUUUUAUCGACCACAUCCCUCAAUUAUGACAUGGCAGACUAAGCGUAGCCUUGCUGUCCACCCCGUCAUGUCCCGCAUCUCCCGCCUAGCCCAACCUUGCAAUUUCCCCUGAUGCAGCUCACGGAGGCCCAGCCCCAGCAUUGCCCUAUCGCCAAUCACCUCAAUCUGGUCUAGUUUACCGCCCUCAGAGGACACUUGUGCCAUCGAGAUAUUGCGCCAAAGCACGCCGCGCUGCUCUUUUCGGCCCGAAAAGCAGCCCUUUUCGAUAAACGUGGCAGACAGACCGGUACACCGCGCCUCAUUUCAACAGUAUUACCCCAUUAUCACGCUCACAACAUGGAUUGCCAAAUUCAGGGCUGCCUGAUCCGUCGGGUGGUUGCCUUGUAGGCUGCGCUUGCGCCCUCUCGCCCUGCGAUAUCUCCGUCACACACCACGGCUGCGUGCAGAAUGCCUUGUGGCCCCCAAUUCACAAAGGAGCCAAAGGGUACGCCACGUGAAUCUAACUGUGACAAUAAUAGACCUUUCGGUGAACUUCGACUACUUUGCACUAGUGGUAGAGAAUGCAUGUCUGACCGGUCCUGGUAGGAGACGUGGCGCUGGGUUACACAAGCACAUAGCUGAGAGCAAUCCAUAGCUCCUCUUUCCGCUUACCCGCUUCUUUCAAUUAAGAAAAGAACAAUAAACUGUACAAACAUCCACGAUUACAUAUUGGCAAUCAACGCUGCUGCAUCUGGUGGGUUUCCGGCUUUGAUCUGGUCACCAGAACAGACUGAACCACGUUUGAGCAUUUUCCCAUUGACGGUCGCCUCAUCAGGACCUGUUGCCUUAUUUCAGUCUCCCUAUAUGCACUAUAGAGGAUAUUUGUCGGCCGGUGAGUCUAGUUACGUAGGCGACCGACCAACAGGACCAUGUCACAAGGUCAAAGGUCAAAGGUCAACGACGGCGCGGCAGAUAUGACCGCACCUGUAUUCUACGGCAUUCCAUAUUCUGUGCCCAUGGAGUUUCACCAUAACAUACAUCACAUCUAUUUAUCAAAGAACGGCAACAAAUACCUUAAACUGCCCUACGCCCGUGGCGACACCUUGUCGCAACGAGUUCUCGCUGGACGGGCGAACAGACAGCUUGCAUUCACCACGAGAAUCGCCGUUUGCUUGGAUAGCUCUUCAAUCAAAUCACUAUUCACUGGCAAUAUUCAGUGAAUGAUCUCUGCCUUUGUUAACUCACAUGAUACUGAUUCAUCAGUUGAUCCCUCAGUGCCAAGUCCAACACUUUCUCUCAGGGUAUGUCUCUUUGCAAGAAUCGUUACUAGUCUUGAGUUUGAAACCAUGGAAAACGAAACUUCAGCACACACACCUGCCCAGGUUCCAGAACUGCCUACCAACCGCCCAUCUCCAACUGCCACCGAUGCAACAGAAUCACCACAACAAGUGUCUCCUCAAACACCAUAUAACCCGUUCGAGUCUCUUCAGACGCCCAAAGGAUUCUAUACACCUUCUUUUGUGCACAGCGCGGAAUCGUCCUUCGGUGUACCCAAGAAAUUCACAGUUCCAUGCGCCGACGAUGAACUCGACGAAGCUACCAGACGUCUGAAGGAUCUUCGCACCGGUACCUCGCCCGUGUUUCAAAAUACAACUAAAUCUCGACCCGAUAUCGGUUCAAAAAAUGUGUUGCCGAAACCGAAAGAUUGGAUUCAUACCCCAAGCUUCAGCUGGAGAUAUCCACUAAACCAAGACACUUCCUCCACCGAGCCGACAAGCAUCAGAGGCCGACAGAUUCCUGCCACUCAGUCGUCUCUGUGGCUCAACACACAGGUCACGCCUAGCCCUGUUUCACGACAUGGAUCUAAGAACAUGGAAAUGCAGGAUUCUGGACUCAAGUCUCAUUCGGGCUGGGACUCUGUAAGUUUUCGGCGUGAUGAUAAAACACCAUUCACUCCAAGCAUCUCUGAGCAUCAUCCACCAACGAUGUCGAAUCUUUCCAGUUCUACAGGACUACAAUUCAACGUCGGAAAUCAAUGGCCCUACCCAUGGCUGAAUGACGUAUCCAAGCCCGUAGCCCGUGGCGAAUCGAUCGACUCAGAGGGCAACACCGGGCGGCAACAGAUUAGCACCGCCUUACCAAACGUCGCAGCGGCGAGGGGCUUUCUUCCCAUGCAAGCUGUUGCCUACCCCCAAAGAAGUCUCUUGCCGCUAUCAUAUUCUGGAGCCGCCAAUACGGAGCUGGCCUUUCCUGUUGGCAAGUUUUCGUCACGCUACCAUGGAAUGCACACGGAAAACAAUGCGAGUGCAGACCAUAUACCUCCUGAGUUCAACUGUGCUUUAUGGUUGACCAAUCUGCCGCCUGAUGUCUCCAUUUAUGAACUUCUUCAGGUCAUUCGACACGUUGGUCGCAUUUGGUGCUCUUAUAUCAAUAAGCCUGAUCAUGUUACCCACCAGACUGCGGCAGCAAAGGUCGUCUUCUUCACACCAGACGCAGCUCAACGAUUGCUAAGCAUAUCAUGGACUCAAGGUCUCGUUAUUCGUGGCUACCGCAUCAAGGCUGGCCACAAUCGCAUCAAAUACGAGUCUCGUCAGCAAGUAGGACGAGCGUCACGAGUUCUCAUUAUCACGGGAGAUUCCAAGUUUGUGAAUGAGUCUACCUUGACGAAAUACUUUGAAGCCCGCUUUGUCUUUCAAAUUGAUGAAGUUCUGCAGCUGAUUAGCAACAAGACACGCGCAGUUGUUGAAUAUAGAUUCGGAAGUUAUCGAUGCCAGGCGCAAAUGGGCAAGAUGUCGCUUGAGAAAGAUCGGCCAGUAGGCUUUGAAAAAGUUGAAUUUGGAGAAGAUCCUUGCGAGACAGGAAUCGAGGAUGCUGCCUACCACAUUGCUGCCGACAGAAUUCGCGGGUUGGGCCUAUAAGAAUGCCAAAUUGCUCACCAACACACGAUAAACAAUAAAUUUUACGAAAAAAAGUAUCGAUUUGAUAAAAUGAAAAUAUUACAACGCUAGCUAUUAAGACUUUUUGAUUACAUACAAAUACAUGAUUUGGCUCGCUAUCAUCAUUCUUCUAAAUCUCCCCAAAACGCCUUCAGGUCAUCAGCUCUCCACUUGGUUCCCCAACCGGACUCCUUCUCGAUCUUGUCUAGUAGAUUUAUGAUGGCCUUGUGUUCAGUCGGAUUGCUCAUACAUCUACCUGCUAUCCAAAGUGGCUGGAUAGCAUUUGUCCAUGCCCCAUGGUGGUCAUUGGAAAUACUGAUGGCACAAACGCGACGAGCAUGCCAAAGAAUACUACGCGGCUUUGGUAGGGGGUUGCGACAUGCCGGUGGCUGAUUUUGCAACAUGAGGAGCGAGGCUGUGUGAUAGAGUUGAUUGCUUGAAAUGGCAGCAGGGUUGGAAAAAAUGAUGGUAGGAAAUGGAGCCGAAGGGUCGCUAGAGGGGAUGGUCAUGGUAGGGAGGAGGGGAGCAGGGCGCCGGUCUAGCCAGUCGCAUAUAUAGUGCCAUAGCUGUGUCCAUCGGCCCACGAACUCUGUAUUGGUCCACGGCAGAUGGCCGCGAUGAGACUUCUUCUCGUCGUCAGGGCGCUGUCGUGCUGCAGAUGAAUUAUCAGGCAUGAGCAAGUCGAUCACCUGAGCAAGCAGGUAGACGGAAUAGUUGGCCCAUCCACAAAAGUCAGCAACCUGGACAAAGGCGUGCGAAUCAGCUUCUAAAUCAGCACCAGAAGCCCAUCGAGAGAUAGGUAUGAGCGUUUUAAUUGAGGAUAUGAGCCCGCCACAGACAUCCAUACGGGCAAAACACCAGAACAAAGCCUGCUCAACGCCCCCCGAAAAGCCGUUGAUGCCGACCGCCUCCAUCAGGUUGGCACAGCCGUCUAGAUGACGCUGCCACGCCUUUGGGGAACAACUCAGCAUUUCUAGGACACAAAGAAUGACACAAGAUGCUAUGACAGCCGUGUCGCGCUCUGGAAGAUGAGGAAGGAGUUGAUGUAUAGCCUCUUGAUACAAGGACAAACUGCGGUUGGAAGUCAUGGCAUCGCCUUUGAGUUCCAUUUGGCGGGCAGAGAGUGCGAGAAUGGACAGGCGAAGAUGAGGGUGUUGGUGAGCCAUUGUGGGUAUUAUAUGCUGAAAAUGACGCUGAUUAUCAAACUUGUCCAGCCAUGGCGAUACUUCGUCAAACCAGUUGCGCCACAGCGUACAUUCUUCUAACGAAGGAAGAGCCGCGGAUUCUGGUUCGGCAGAAGAGAGACCAUCGGGGAUAGCAGAGAGGCGCUGUUGAGAAGAUGGAUCGGUGGAGGAUGCCGAGGCAGCAUCAUCUUGCGAGGCUGUAACGGAAGGAUUGGUGGAGUCGGGAUGAUGAUGGUGAUGAGGGGUGCCAGCUCGAGUGGGCACAGAGGAGCGGACUUCUUGGAUAAGGUGAUUUCGGAGAGUAGAAUGCCACUCGUGAUAGGCAGAUCCGGGUAGAAAGAUGCCAUCAUCGACAGAUGCUCCGUCUGGUGUAAAGACUUGCAUCGUCUGGAUAUAACCCUGAGAGAACGUGUUGAGUUGCAAGGUCGUUUGAUCGGGUGAUGCGAGCGGCUGUCCACCCUUGCGGAGGUACAGAAGACUGGCCACGGCGCUAUCAACAUGCCGGGACGAGACAGGAGACGCGUUGUCCCUGCUAUUUGGCGUUGCAGAAGAUGGUUCAGGCAGUAGUGGUGACCUUGCGUGAGAUGUCCGCGAAUCUACCGACGGAUGGUCACUAGGGGAUGGCAGCAUCAGAGAUGAUCUCGGCGCAUGCGGCUCUUCUGCGGGUGAGACGACAUAAUCGCGAAUGACUUCCUGAGUGACAUCUAGAAUAGAAUACUCGCUUGGCCUUGCCCUCUUGUGGGCUCGGGCCAUGGAAGGAUGUCGCGCAUCGAUGGUUUGGGCAUUCUCCUGGCGGAAGCUGAGGCGGACACCCCAUUCACAGGUCUGAUCUGCUCGCUCGCAGGCGCCGCAAGUCGGACGGCCCUCGUCGCAUUUUCUCUUCUUGCGGCGACAGUUGAGACAUCCUGUCCGUGUCCGGGUCUUGCGAGGCGCUGGAGGCGACGAUGUCAGCGCUGAGGCUGGAUGCUGGCUGGGACUGGCGCUGCGAGAGGCACCGGCGCGGGCAGGAUCUGCGCGCUUAGCAGAGCCGAUUGCUUUGCGGGCAGAUGGCAUGGGGAGCAAAACAGCCGAGCCAGGGGGCUCAAGAGAAGCUGGGGAAGCGUGCCAAUGGGGGCGAUGGCGGUGCUUAGAAUGGAAAGUUUGAGCGCAUGGCGGAGCACGCACACACAUCAGGCAAGGUUGUAUCCAGAAAUUAUGCAGG